AUGUAUGAGGAUUUUGAAAGUGACAGCGGGGAUGAUGAUGAUGAUAAUGCUGCGAUGUUGGACAUGUUAAAUGAUGUCCAAGGGGCUAUAAGUAUGGAGACAGAUGAUGAGAACGAUAUUCAUGUUAACAAAUAUGAUUAUUUGUUUAAUGAAGCUCAACGAGAACUAUACCCGGGUUGUACAAAGUUCUCUGCAUUAUCUUUUAUUACAAAAUUAAUGCAGAUCAAGAUAGAUGGUCGUUGGAGCAAUAAAAGUUUUAAAAAUCUACUGAAAUUGUUAAAUGACUCGUAUCCAAAAGGUGCAUCCAUACCAACAUCGAACUAUGAAGCUAAAAAUAUGUUGCUAGAAUUGGGCUUGGGGUAUGAAUCCAUACAUGCAUGCAAGUAUGACUGUGCACUGUUUUAUGGGAAAGAGAAUAAGAAACUGGAUGAAUGUCCAGUGUGCAAGGAGCCGAGAUACAAGUCUUGUGAUGGCAAAUGCAAGAAAGUUCCACAAAAAGUCUUGCGUUAUUUUCCAUUGAAGCCGAGACUUUGGAUGUUGUAUAUGUCGAGACAUAUAGCGACUGAAAUGAAAUGGCAUAAAAAAAGAAGACAAAAUGAAGAGGGUUUCCUACGACAUCCAGCUGAUUCUGCCGAGUGGAAACACUUUGAUCAAGAGUAUCCUGAUUUUGCUGCAGAUUGUCGAAAUGUGAGGUUGGGGCUUGCUACAGAUGGUUUUAAUCCAUUUGGAAACAUGAGCACUAGUUAUAGUAUGUGGCCAGUUAUGCUAGUGCCGUACAAUCUGCCUCCUUGGAAAUGCAUGAAAGGAGUGUAUUCAAUGAUGUCAUUACUCAUACCUGGUCCUCGAGCACCUGGGAAAGACAUUGAUGUGUAUCUUCGUCCAUUAAUAGACGAAUUAAAAGAAUUGUGGGAUAUUGGAGUUGAAACUUUUGAUGCCUCUGUUGGGAGAAAUUUUAAUUUGCGGGCAUGUGUAUUGUGGACUAUAAAUGAUUUUUUUGCUUACGGAAAUUUAUCUGGAUGGAGCACAAAAGGGUACAAAGCUUGUCCUGUUUGUAACGAAGAUGUAACUUCAGAGGGGUUGAGAGGAAAAUUAUGUUUUAUGGGAGCUCAACAAAAUUUGCCUGAGGAUCUUGAGUGGAGAAGGAGUAAAUAUUUUAACGGUUUAGUUGAAGAUCGUCCUCCUCCCAGAUUAUUUUCUGGGGAUGACAUAUUGCGGCAAUUAGAUCGUGUUUAUAAAGCUAGGCCUGGAAAACAUCCUGACAAUCCUGAUUUAAAGCGACACCGUGAGCCUCAUGAGCUAAACUGGACUAGAAAGAAUGGGAAAACUAAAGACACCAACGAGGUUCGUUUGGACUUGGCAGAUAGGAAGAUAAGAAAAGAAUUGCAUCUCACACGUCAAGGGAAUAAAUUGAAGAAGCCUCAUGCUAGAUAUGUUUUAAAAUUGGAAUACCGUAGGCUGUUUUGUAAGUUCCUCAAAGUUGUCAAAUUUCUUGAUGGGUAUGCAGCCAAUAUUUGCAAAAAUGUGAACAUUGUCGAUGGGAAGAUACAUAAUUUAAAAAAUCAUGAUUGCCAUGUUUUACUUCAACGCCUCCUCCCAGUUGGUAUUCGUUCAUAUUUGGACAAGGAUGUGUGCACUGCAAUUGUUGAGCUGGCCAUUUUUUUCCAACAGAUAUGUGCAAAAACUUUAAAGGUGUCAGACUUUGAAAGAACGGAGAAGGAGAUUGUUGUAAUAUUAUGCAAAUUAAAGAGAAUUUUUCCACCGGCUUUUUUUGAUGUAAUGGUUCACUUAGCAAUCCAUUUACCUCGUGAAGCUUUGCUUGGUGGUCCAGUUACCUAUUGGUGGAUGUAUCCUAUUGAGAGAAAUUUAGGAACAUAUAAAAAGUAUGUUACAAAUAAAGCUCGGCCUGAAGGUUCUAUUGCAAAAGCAUAUAUUGUCAAUGAAGCAGUGACAUUUUGCUCUAUGUAUUUUCGUGAGAUUGAAACCCGUAUCAACCGGGCAGAAUGA